AUCACGUCUGCAAUGCAUAAUUCUGUCUGGAUUCUAGAUUCUAGAAGAAGCGCAAGAGCACGAGUGCACAAUAUCUGAUACUGACUGAUAGUGUAUUUAAGAAAGUUAUCGUGAAUAAUAUCAGUAAUGUCUUUCUUAUAUAAAAAGAUAAAUUAUUGUUCUGCUAUUAAAAUUAGUCUGAUAAGUGUCGUUUUAAUAAUACUUUUAAUUCACUGCGUCGAAGGAUACAACAAAUAUUCUGAGCAAGCUAAUAAACCUAAGCAAAAACAAAAGCCGAAAACUGAAUUCUCGCUCCCAACUAACAUCAAAGAAUUACGGGAGCUCGAUAAGCCUUUUCGUAUGCACAAAUUGAAUUUGUUGUGGACGAAAGCAAAACAUAGGUUGACCGAUCCUAAGUUGCAGUCCCUUUUUAGUGAUCUGAAGAUUCACGAUAAAGAGGAGAUCGCAUUUAAGCAUGCCAAGUCUGAUGGCAAAGAUGAAAUAGGUUUGGAGGAAGCUAGGAUGCGCAAAAAGCUCAUUGGUAUUAUGAGUAGAUAUGAUUUAUUGGAACAUUUUGAAAAAGUUGAUCAUGAUACAUAUAUUAAACCGAAAUUAAAGAAGCAAGACUAUGGGAAUUAUGUCAUUCAAGAUGUUUUCAAAGACAAAAGAUUGAAUCACUUGUGGGCCAAGGCUGAGAGAGCAGGUUUUAAUCACGAAGAACUAGAAGCUUUGAAAGAAGAAUUCACUCAUCAUCAAGAGAAAGUGAAUGAGUAUUUAAGUCUAUUAUCUGAAGUAGAAGCCGGAGACCAAAGUAAACAUGAGAAUAGUGUCCAUGAAGAUCAUGAAAGUUGGAAUGAGCUAGAAUCUCAAGAAGAAAGCAAUGACGUUUCAAGAAAGAAUGAUAAGUAUUUAGCAAAAGCCAACUUACUAAAGGAGAAACAUUUAGAAGUUAGAACUGGUUACGAUCAUCUAGAAAACAUUGCAGCUAAGGGGCCAAAAAGUAAAGAGUUCAUUGAUCCUAAAGUUCAAGAAUUAUGGAAUAUGGCACUUGAAGCUAAAUUUUCAACUAAUGAACUACUAUCAUUAAGAGAAGAGCUUUUACAUUAUGAAAAACGAUUAUUGAAAUUACGUCACUUACACACAGAAGCAGCUUUGGAAGCUGCUAGGAGAGGAAAAGAAUACAAGCCAAAUACUACUCAUGAAACAUACAUUAAAAAACAUGCUCUUGAUGUUGAUAAGUUACAUAAAGACCUCGAAGCAAAAAUAUUGCAAAAGCAUACCGAGCUGUAAAAAACUUAAGCAUAAUAUUUUUUAUUUGUGUCAAAUAAAUUUUCUAUAAUUAUCUUGAUUUGCUGAUUUCGAAAAAGGACAUUGAAAGUACUGACAGUCAAUUUUGACGCAAUUUUACUUAUAACUUUACAACUACCAUUUUAUAACUAUUUGUAAUAACUUAGUAACUUUGUGAUAAUACUGUAAGAUAUGUUGAGAUAAUAUGUGAAUUGUUGAGAAAUAUUUCAUAAAAUGUUCUGUUUUUAUUAAUAAUUUUAUAAUUAUUUACGAUCACUUUUUAUAGUGUAAAUAAUAAAUGCUUUGCCAAUAAACAAUUUUU